AUGGCUGCCCAGAACACACUGAAAGGCUUGUGCCCCCUGAGGUACGACCUAGUGCUGAACCUGAAAAUGUUUCAUAUAACUGGGAGUAUAUUAGCUAAAGCAAGAGGGCAGAAAACACUAAUAUUUUAUUUUAAUGAGCUUGUAUAUCCCUGGUAUGCAUCACAGGAAAUCCGUGUUAAUGGUGGCCUACCUAGACCUUCUGUUUUCAAACAUCUGGAGAAAGACAGCUGUGACAUUAACUAUGACAUUCCAGCUAAGAACUUCCAUGGAUCAGCAGCCAUGGACUGGGAGCACUGGAGACCUCUGUGAGACUGCAACUGGGAUACAGAAGGUGUUUACAGGAAAAUGUACAGAAAAUUAAUAAUGGAAGAGAAUAUUUCAGAAACUGAUGUUGAACAUUUAGCCAGAUUUUCCUUUGAAGAAGGCAAAACCUUUUAUGGGGAAACAAUUGCAUUAAGAAUAGAAAACAAGACAAAGGGCUUGUGGGGAUAUUAUUUAUACACUUACCAUCACAAUUACAAUUUCUGUGAUCAGAACUGCACUGGUUCCUGCCCAGAGAGUGAAGUUCUGAAAAAUAAACUUUCCUGGCUCUGGGAUAGAAGUGCAUCCUUUUAUCCUUUCACUGGCAUUAAUAAAUGCCUUGGAAACACUAAAAUCUUUCUGCACUUUUCUCAGCUUAGAGCUGAUGAAUUAAUAAGAAUUUUCUCCAUUACAUCUCAAAGUUAUGCCUUCUCCAUAUUUGUGCAUAGUUGUCUAGGUUAUAGAGAAAAACCUUUAUUAUUUCUAUUUGUUCAAGAUCUUAUUAACACUAUUGGAGAAAGUGCUGCCUUGGGAGCUGCAGGUAUUGUUAUUUGGAGAGAGAUGAAUUUAACUUUGUAA